GCCCCGAAUGAAACAGAUCCAGGUAUCAGUUUAACUCAAAAGUCCCUGGGGCUGACCAGCAACUGCUCAGGCAUGUUGCCCAGAAAGGGCAUGUUGGGCCCUGAUCUGUAGCACCUGUAGCUCCCCAUCUCCUGAAAAUGUUGCCUCCAUUUGGGGGGAGCCUGGUUCACCACUCCUUUCAGAUUGGUGAAUCAUCUUCACAUUCAGAUUGUUAUUAAUAAUAAAUAUUAUUAUUUGUUAAUAUUAUAAUAGUAUUAUAACCUGUAACCUCUGUUAACAAGUGGAACAGAAUGUUGGACGGGAACGCUAACCUGCUCUCUUCUGGUGUCUGUGCACAUGUAUGCAAGCCUUGCAUUGAACCUGACGUUGCUUUCUCCUCCGCUUCGGCUGGCCCCCUUUAUGCUGCUCAUUAGAUUUCAGGAAACGUGCGCACAUGGGUUGUGGGUCAGAACAUUCUGUUUGCUUUGUGCUGCAAUUUCAGCUGAUGCCAUUUGAUCAAAUUCACUCUCACAGUGGUAAUAGAGAAAAGAUAAGGUGUUUUAAGGACCAUGCUUGUGGCUUCUUUUAAUAGAUUGAGAAAUUCUAACGUAUUGGUUGCCUUGAGAGAAAACCCUUGCCUGUGUUCUGCAAACUCUCAUUACUGAGAGGAUUGCAUUCUUCAGCUAGGUUUUUUAAAGUGAAGACAGAAUGGAAGAAGAUAAAUUGCAGUACAGUGUCUCGUGUCCACUAGGUGGCGCUCUGCUGCCCCACACCCCAUUUUCGAAUCUGUAUAGUAAAGGGUUUCUCAUGCUAGGAGGGCGUUCCACACUUAUAAGUCUAAGUAGCCUGUCAUUCUGCUUUCAAAUGCGCAUAGACUUUAUGAAUGGUAAAUUCCUCUAAUGAAGGGAUGCAAACUGAGGGGCUCCACCCGUUGGGACCAAAGCUUUUCAACUUAUACAUGAAUUAACCUCUGAGCAGGAGUGAGCACUGGUAUGGCCAGGUUUGCUGAUGGUACCAAUUGAAUUGGGGGGUUAAAACAAGAAGAGGCUGUGAGGUGCUCCAGAAGGAUCUGGAUUAUGAUCUUGUGGUUGUUGGCCGGCAACUUGAUGAAAAUGUUGACCCAUUAUAUGACUGCUGGGAAAAAGGCAAACUCCGUGUUAGGUAUAGUUAGGAAAGGAAUUGAAAAUAAAGCUUCCAAAGCCAUAUGGCACUUAUAAACAUUCAGUUAGAAUACUGUGGACAGUUCUGGUCACUGCAACUAAAAACGAUAUUGCAGAAUUGGAAAAAGGGCAGCUAAAAUAAUCAAGGGGUUGGAGUGAGCAAGUUGGGCUUGUUUAGCUUAAAAAAGGCAAGGAGAGAUGAUAGAGAAAUACAAAAUUAUACACAGUGCUGAGAAGUUGAACAGAGAGACAUUUUCUUCCCUCUCAGAGUACUAGACCCAAAUGGAGUCAUCCCAUGAAGCUGAUUGAUGGGAGAUUCCUGACAUAUCAAUGGAACAUGGUGCAUAAUUUAAUAUGGGGUUCGCUUCCAUGAGAUGUGGUGAUGGCCACCUCUCUGGACAGUGUUAAAAGGGAAUCAGACAAAUCCAUGGAGGAGAGGGCUAUCCAUGACUAUACAUAGUGGGAAUGUAUACUCUUUUUCAUUUCUCUUGUUAGCUCCAUCACCAUUUUUUCCCUUGUAUUCUGUACAUUCCCACAUGUACAAUCCCCACUAAUUAUGAAUGGCAAAGUGAUUGGGUUCUCUGUAUGAAGCCAGGCAGCCAAUCAGAUUUGUCUACAUACUGAUGUCACUGAAGGCAAAUUAAGCCUUUUCAGAGAGAAUGCUUGUCCAAUUGGAAUGCAUCAGUUAGUAAUGACUGAUUAAACUCCCAUUCAUUUCAAUGAGUCUGCUGUACAUAGGACUAAAGUUGGAUACUAACCCCACCCCAUCCCAAAUGUACCCUGUUUCACAGGGUACUAUGCAGCCCUGAUGGAGAAUUAUUUCCUGAAUGGCAGUUGACCUUAGAUAUUCUCCCACCCUCAUCCUUUGUCAUUUGAACAAAGCAUCUCCCUGAAUAGGCAUCCACAGAUCCGCCAGUACCUGGGGCUACCAGGGUGCCCAGCAGCCCCGACUCCCUUUGUUAAACACUUGUUGUGCUCUCUGGUUUGGACUAGGAAAGAAACACUCGGAGCCUUCCUAAUAUCUCUUUCCAGGCACAAAUGAGAGAAAUCCUAGCACCUCCCUCUAGCCUUUGGAGUGUGUGGGAGCCAGAGAGGCAGGGCCUUAUCUUUCUUGUGCUGUGGCUUAGAUAAGAUAAGAAACAUCAGGUGUCUUUCCAUUUCUUACCUUCUCAAUAGCCCAGCUCAAAUGGCAGAAAUCUUGCUGUUUCUCCCACAAUCUUGCCCUCUGUAAAAGCCAGAAGACUCUGGAGUGGGGAGGGGGUUGGUGGUAUGCAAAAAUAUUUAUUCUAUUUAUGGAGCACCACCUGGAACUCUCCCAAAACUGAACAGCAGAGGAUGGCUAGUAAGCCAAACCGCUCUGUGUGGGCCCCCGUCCCUGACCCAGUGAGCGAAAAGCCAGUCUGUGUUUUUUCCUGCUCUGAGAGGAACAUGGGACUCUGGAGUAAGCUCAUUCCAAGUACCUGGGGACAAAGCAUCAUCCAGACAGUUGGACUUUCUAACCGUGCUGGGAUUUGAACCUGAAACUUCUCAUUGUAAGACUUCAAUUUCAAGUAAAUUUUCUUGGAAGCAGGUCCUGCUGAUUUCAGUGGAACGUAUUUUCCAAGUGUUUGUGUUAUUAAGAUUUAGCCAAGUGCUCUGCUUACUGCACCAAUCCUGGCACCAGCGCUUGGAGGAUUCAUGUAGAAGCAACUUUGGCUAGAAAGUUAAAGCUAAAUUAGAUUAAAUGAAAAUCCUCUUGAUGGAAGGGGAAGAGGGAGGAGCAGCAGAGCAACAGCUGGAGCAGUGGAUUCAGCUGACAAGCCAAGGGGAGACUGCCGUGAGCUGCACAGCGUUAAAAGUUGGCACAGCCGAAGAAGUGAUUCAUUGUCACUUAACAGUUUUGCUUCAAGAAACUCAUCAUUUUCGCCCACCAGGGGGAAGUUUAAUUGGCACGCUGUGGCUCUCCAGUUUGGAGAAGUGUCCUUCAUCUCUCCUCUAAAUCCUGGAGCUUCCUCUUUCCUCUUCUCUUUACCCAAAUCUCGGCAUGUCCCUCAUUACUCAUAUUGUUGUUGAUGUUGCCCUCCGUUUUGCUGCUCCGGUUCUUUCGUAGGGUCUCUGAAUCAAGCCCGUUAUUCUCAUUAUAGCUUUUGCUGAGGAAAGGAAGGCUAUUCUAUUCCUUACUGUGAGUAAUAGGAGAAUGGAGUUGGAAGGAACCCAGUUGUCAUCUAGUCCAACUUUCUGCUCUUCUUGGACAGGAUAUCCUCUACCUAAAUCAUUGCUGCUGUCUGUCCUGUCCAGUCUCUCCCCACCUGCUCCCCAAGGAGGUAGAUUUCCCCGUUUGUUUGAGCUCUGGGUCGCACUGCACGCUCAUCCGCUUGUAUGGCUCGCAAGUGUGUGGGGGUGCACGAUCUGCAACCUUAAAUCUGCUCUUCCUUUAUUUCAAGCUUUUCCAUAUUCAUCUGGAAUGUGUUGCGGGAUAGUUCGCCCUCAGGACCGUGGGUGAAGAUUGAGCAUUCCUCUUGCGUGUUCCUUCCUCCUUCUCCUGCCAGGCUCAGGGUUGCUCCUCUGACUAGGUAAGGGACUCACUAGUUCGUUUGUGCACAUCUCCCCACAGUGAGGGGGCAGUGGAGGACCACAAGAGGAGCCCAGGAAAGAGGCUGAAACCACUCCCAGGUUCUUCGUAGGUACAGUGCUUAGGUCCAGACAAACCCCGUUGACCUUGGUGGAGGUGGAGAAACAUAAGCUUUCUCUGGAAGGGCAGUUCUCCUUUUCUAGAUUGGAGAAGCACCCUGCUGCAGGGGCUGCUGGUAGGAAAGUCUCUGCCUGAGCCAGGAUCAAGGGAGAGCAUGGCUGGGCACCUGCCAGACGCCUGUAUCCCAGCAGGGACCCCUUGGCUAGAACCCCUGGAAUUGCUCCUCUUCAUCACCCUUGCAGGCUGCUUGUUCGCCUGCUUCUUGCAGCAGCCCAGACACUGCUGGUGGUGAGGAGGAAGAGGAGGAGGAGAUGCCGACUUGCUGCUGGCUCCCUGCCUGUCAACCAGCCAGGUGGUAGCAAUGAUGUGAAGGAGAGGAGGGGCAAGCGCAGCUGGUAACCAUGUUGGUGCUUCAGGCACACAGAGGGCUCAAAUGUGAUGUUAGCUUGGAGCUGAGUUGCAGAUCAGCAGCUGGUCAGCCCAGCCCUUUCCAUGCAAGAGCUCAAGGGCCGACGGCAUCGGAUGCACAAAGUAUGGGCUGUUGGAGCUGAAAGCCCACUCAGUAUUCACCAGCCAGUUCUUUCCAUUGCUAGCUAGAGAAGGUGGUCUAAAGGUAGCCUUAAGCAGGUAGCCUUAAUUCAUGUCCUGCAGUGAGCGGAGUGAACAUUCUACAGCCUGGAUAAAUUGUUCAACUCACAUUUGCAUGAAUAUCCAUUAUUUUGCAUAAUUUAGUUUGCUUCUGCUACGGCAUGAUACCAUGGUCAAUUAUAUCAAAAGCCACAGAGAAGUCCAGCAAACUUAGCAGGGAAGACUCUUUCCAGCUCUCCAAUUAAAGCAUCCACCAAGGCAACUGAAGCUCGCUUUGUCUCAAAAUUGAGACAGAAACUGGACUGAAGCAGGUUCUGAUUAUCCACCUCCCCAGGAACACCCGGAGUGCAGAUGUCGCCACCCUAUUCAAGCAGUUGCCCGUGAAGGGCAUGUUGGAGACUGGCUGGACAUAAUCUGGUGUGGUGGGGUUUCAACAGAGAUCUCACUCCCACCUCUUCACGGGGUCACUGACAUACCCCUUCAUUGCUGGCUUUUCUCACUCGACCAGCUUUGAUCUCCCCAGCAGGUUUUAUAAGCUAGGAAGGGCACAUAAUCGGACCAUGUGCAGUCCUGGAGGUUGUGUUACUGCUGCUCCAGAAUGUGCUGGUACUGAAGCUUUGUUGAGCCUGAUCAGCCGACCCAUUUGGCAGCUAAGCGCAUGUGAAGGCCACCAUCAUCCUAAAAACCUUUAAAAAUCUCAACAGGGAUGGAAAUCACUUCUGUAUGACUCAAAAGACCGGAGUAAUGUCUCCCUGCCCCCCUCCACUGCCUCUUCCUCCUUUGCUGGCAGUUCUGGAGACAGACAAAGACUGUUUCACCUCCAUGUGGUGUGCGUGAGGCUCAUUUUUGACCUUGACCUGAAGCCGGUCCAUCUGCUGAAAAGCUGGGAAGCCUGUGAAAAGCAAUAUAAGUGAUGGCAGCAAUAUUAUUACUGUUAUUUCGGUUUCUGGGUCCCCCUGUGGCCAAAAUCCCCAUGGUGAAGUACACAGUAAAAACAAUCUUAAUAAAACCAGGGAUGAAACCAAUAAUAAAAUACAUUAUCAUGUAUUGUUUUAAAAGCAGCCAGAGAAAUUCAGCAUUUAAGAGAAAUAAAUGAGCAGCCAAAUGCAGGGACUAUGAUUUUAAAAUGCAGCACUAAAUGUAUUUAAAAUAAUGCAAACAGCAGUUAAACAUACUUUUAAGAGGCCUGGGAGAAUAAAAAGAUUUUUGCCUGGGGGCAGACAUCAAUACACACCUAAGGGUGUUCCACAAUUUGGGGAUUAAUGAUGAGGAGCUGGAUCUUGGGGGAGGGGGAUUGGACACUGAGAGUAGGGCAUCAGAUGAUGAUCUCUGUACAUGGGCAGGAGCAUACAGGAAGAGACUUUCCUUUAGAAGGUGGUAUCUGAAGUAGUUUUAAUUCUGUAUCAACUCUGAUACUUUCUGCCCACGGUCUACUGUUUUAUCAGUGUAUUCUUCUAUUAGAUCGUUGUUUUUAGUUCUUUUUAAAAUCUGGAAUGUCCUCAGUUUCUUUUGGACUGAAGCACAGGAUGUAAGAAAUAAACAAAAAACAUGAAUAAAAAUAUAUAGAAAAUACAGGAGCAGUUGCUGUGAGAUCUGUUUUUGCAAUAGCGUUCAGUUAUCUAGCAGUUCAGUUUUAGGCAGGUUUAACCAACUUGGAUUGUAAAAAGCUCUGAUGUGAUUGAGUGGCUCGAAGUUUCCAAAGUUUAUAAAGAUAAUGCACAGAACAGCUGAGCAAGGUGCAUCAAAGCCAAGCCAUUUGGAUAUCAGCUCAGUUGUUUUGCAGAGGGAUCAGGGCUGAACAUUGAAGCAGUGGCUUUAGACAGUUUGCCUUUGGGAAAUUCCAGUAAUAUUAAAGCAACUGCAACAUAUAACUUCCUGUAACACAGGCAAAACUGCACGGAGGAAAGGCAGAUGAAGAAUUGGGUCUUGUUUGGCAUGUGCAGGUAAGGUGAUCUGACAGUGCAAGCUAAGUGGAUUCUGCCAUUUAGUUUCCUGCAAAAUGCUGAUCAUUUUUAUUGAUAACUGAAGAAAUCAGCCCUGCACACAUCUCAGAUCCACACCUACUGCACUACCGCAUGUUACUCUUCAUUUUCUACUGCUGGUCUAGCAGCAGCUAUGGCCUGAGCAAAUGAACCAAAGUGGUGUUUGAUUGGCAGAGAUGUUUAUUCCUUUGGGAUCCGUUUUUCUGUGAAACACUCCUUCUGAUUAUAUGGUUUCACAAGCUCGCAGUAACAAUACCAAAUCAACAUUAGCUUUGGAAGACCCUUCAGCUCCUACCACCUUUGGUGAAAAGUGGGCUUCCAAGAGGUUACAAUCCAAUUACAUACCUAAGGAGAAUUCUUGGAAACAACCUCUAAACAUUUCAGAGUGGGACUCAGAAAUAUCAGCAUGGCUUUCUAGUUGUUACGGAAAAUAUGGACGCUGUUUUCACUGACCCUGGAGUCCUUUGCAAUCAGGAGCAGAAGUCGGGGAGUUGAGCUUUCUAAAAGAACUCUACAGAUAAAAGACCUAUUAAUCAAAGAGCAAAUAUUAUUAUAACUUGUGCUUCAGCCUGGGCAUAUCAAAUUAAUGGGUUCCCCCAUCACCACCCCCCACUUAUAUUUUUGUAACAGCAUGCCUCUUUCUACCUGCUCUGUGCGGUUAUUCUUUAUAUGGUAAUGCAUUUGACACGCUGGCCGAGAAUCAUGAGUUUUUCCAGGCAUGCACAUUUUUCUAUCGCAUGUUCCAUUGGCUAAACACUAUCUUCGCUGCAUAACGUCACAGUAAGUGCAUUGUCGGAUCCCGUCCACCCUCCCUUUUCCCUUCCGUUAAAGGAAUAUAAGGUUGAUUGUGAAUUAUAUUCUGUGUAGUAGUUGUUCGAAAUGCCUGGGAUGGAGUGCCAAGUGUUUAUGGCAGAGAUCUUUACCCUGCAAACCAGCUGAAUUCCUUUUUUCAAAUUAGGGCCCUUGCCAUGUGCCAUGCUCAUUGUUUUCACUGCUGCUGCUUCUGUAAAGCAGUUCUGGUGAAGGAAGAUUUGCCGGCAUUGUAAGUGUCCACAGGCGGAGCACUUUGAAAGGGUGAUGCCUUUGGAAAUGGAGAAGACCGUGACCAAGCUGAUGUUUGACUUCCAGCGGAAUUCGACUUCUGAUGAUGACUCAGGUUGUGCUUUGGAAGAAUAUGCUUGGAUUCCUCCUGGGCUGAAACCAGAGCAGGUUCAUCAGUACUACAGCUGCCUACCAGAAGACAAAGUGCCCUACGUGAAUAGCCCGGGGGAGAAGGCCCGUAUCAAACAGCUUCUACACCAGCUGCCACCACACGACAAUGAGGUACGAUAUUGCAACUCACUGGAUGAGGAAGAGAAGAGAGAACUCAAACUUUUCAGCAAUCAGAGGAAAAGGGAGAACUUGGGCAGAGGCAAUGUCCGGCCGUUCCCAGUCACCAUGACUGGGGCCAUCUGUGAGCAGUGCGGAGGCCAAAUCAAUGGCGGGGACAUCGCUGUCUUUGCAUCCAGAGCCGGCCAUGGCGUUUGUUGGCACCCACCGUGCUUCAUAUGCAGCGUUUGCAACGAGCUGCUGGUGGACCUUAUCUAUUUCUAUCAAGAUGGGAAGAUUUACUGUGGCCGGCACCAUGCUGAAUGCCUGAAGCCUCGGUGUGCAGCAUGCGAUGAGAUCAUCUUUGCUGAUGAGUGCACAGAGGCUGAGGGAAGGCAUUGGCACAUGAAGCACUUUUGCUGUUUUGAAUGUGAAACGGUGCUGGGUGGCCAGCGAUACAUCAUGAAGGAAGGGCGACCAUAUUGCUGCAACUGUUUCGAAUCCUUGUACGCAGAAUACUGCGAUACCUGCGCUCAGCACAUUGGCAUCGAUCAGGGCCAGAUGACGUACGACGGCCAGCACUGGCAUGCCACAGAGACCUGCUUUUGUUGCGCACAGUGCAAGAAAUCCCUGCUGGGGCGGCCAUUCCUGCCAAAGCAAGGGCAGAUUUUCUGCUCUAGAGCCUGCAGCAUGGGUGAUGACCCCAACGGCUCCGAUUCCUCGGACUCGGCCUUCCAAAGUGCCAGAGCCAAAGAAUCGCGGCGGAGUGCCAAGAUUGGCAAGAACCGGAGCAAGGGGGAAGAGAACCCCGCCAGCCAGAGCAGCCAGCUGCAGGUGAGCUCCAGCAGGCUGUCGGCCGAUGUGGACCCCCUCUCCCUGCAGAUGGACCUGCUGAGCUUGUCCAGUCAAACUCCGAGCCUGAACAGGGACCAUGUAUGGAGAAGCCGAGAUGAACUGUACCACUACGGGGGCAAGAUGGAGCAAAGUCAGUCACAGAGCCCUUUGCAGCUGCUCAGCCAGUGUAAUAUCAGAACUUCCUACAACCCAGGGCAGACCCCGAGUGCCCAGCAGGAGCUCUGGGGUAAGCAUUUCAGCAACCCAAAGAGAAGCUCCUCUCUGGCCAUGAAAGGACAUGGCGGCAGCUUCGUCCAGGAGUGCCGAGAAGACUAUUACUCAGGAAGGCUACGGUCCCAGGAGAGUUACAGCGACAUGUCCAACCAGAGCUUCAGUGACACCCGCGGGAGUUACAAAGUCUCCAAGUACGACCAGGAGGAAGACGGCAGCCUCUCAGCCCAGCAUUGCCGCACCCGGCACCCAAUCAACGCGCUGAAGUUUACUGAGGAACUGACGCCCACAGAGCAGACCCCGCGGGGAUCCAUGGAGUCCCUUGCUCUCUCCAACACCACAGGGCUCUCUGCGGAUGGUGGUGCCAAGCGACAAGAGCAUCUCUCUCGAUUUUCCAUGCCAGAUCUCAGCAAAGAUUCUGGAAUGAAUGUCUCAGAGAAGAUGAGUAAUAUGGGGACACUGAAUUCCUCUGUCCAGUUCAGAAGUGCCGAGUCUGUCCGAAGCCUGCUUUCUGUUCAGCAGUAUCAAGAUAUGGAGGCCAACUUGCAUGAUCUCGCCAAUCCAAUUGGUUACAGAGACACAUCCUCCCGUGUAAGAAUGCAUCAGAGCUUUGAUUAUGAAGGUGGGAUGCCAGGAAGCAAGUUGGCUGGACAAGAGAAUGCCAGACAUCCUCCCAUGAGUGAGCGUACCCCCAGACGAACUAGUCUCCGCGAUGAUGACCGACGUUAUCGCCCCCACAGGCCUCGGCGGUCAAGGCGCUCCCGCUCAGAUAAUGCUCUUCAUCUCACCAGUGAACAGAGCUAUAAACUGAAAGAGAGGCCUUCUCUACGAGCCAGAGAGGAUUACGACCAGUUCUUGCAGCAAAGAAGCUGUAGAGAGACCAUGGAGCAGGGUGCACGAAGAAAUCUGUAUGGUCAGUGUCCGAGGACUGUAUCAGACCUUGCUUUGCAGAACCACUUUAGCGAGCGAUGGGGACCCUACUUUGCGGAAUACGAUUGGUGUUCGACGUGCUCCUCAUCCUCCGAAUCUGACAAUGAAGGCUACUUCCUUGGAGAACCAAUCCCACAACCCAGCCGUCUCCAGUAUGUUACCGGUGAAGAGCUCCUUCACAAAUACGGUUCAUACAGCAUGCCUAAGUCUUCCACACUAGGUGGUCGAGGACAGUUACACAGCCGGAAAAGGCAAAAGAGCAAAAACUGUAUCAUAGCAUAACCAUGUUGCCCGAGCACAGUGUUGGAGAAUGUAAUUACUUCAUCAAACUUGCACUGUUGUAGGUGUUAAAGCGCUUUUAUUGUAACAAAACAUCCUGGCAAGCGGGGAGCUGUAAGAAGAAGGUCAUAGACAAAAGUCUAUAAAUAGACAUAAUUGUUGGCAUGGUGAAUAUAUUUUGCACAUUUUAUUUUGUGGAAAGAGGGAGUGAUGAAAUUUAUUUUAGCAUGUAAUAGUUACAAAUUCACCUCCUUCCCACAAGUAGCUGCCAUUUAAUACCCAGUUCACCCAUGUGUUUUUAGUUGCCAUUGUUUUCUAUAACCAGCACUUAGCUACUAGAUUAUUCUUUCUCCUCUUUUUGGCUUUUUAUUUUCAUCACCUGGUUUAUUUCAGCCAUUUUUCUUCCAGAUUGCAAGGAAGUAUAAGUUAUUUCCAUUCUUGUCCUGUAAAUGCAAAGUAAAUGAGAGUUCCGAGAAAAUAUUUUUGUAUUUUGUAAUAUCAGAGGAAUGUCUGUAUCUUGGGAGUCACUGGGAAAUUCAUGCACAUCCAUCAUGCUUUUUGGCUAGAGAUCAACAAAUAGGGCUUCAGAAUCCUUUAUCUUUUGCCAUUGAAUUUCUCUGGAUCAGUAAGACUUUACUUUCUGCACUUGCUUAAAACAAAAAGGGAGCCUUCUCUAACAUGAAUUAGCUCUCAAGGAAGCCUGCAGGGCGCUUUUGAAGUCGACCAACACCUCCCUCUUAUGCUACUUUGUAAAACAAAUAGAGGCAUCUAUCACUGAAAGAAAAUAAAAACAAGGGGUUUUUCCCUUUAUAAAAUGCAAGGAAAAUAUAACACCUAAUAUUUGUAAAAGGUAAAGAAUGGUCUCGGUCUAAGCAGGUUCACAUCUCAUUAGACAGCACUGAAGUCACUAAAUUUCAACUACUUUUGCAGGGAUAAACCCAAACAAUUGUAAAUGGUGCAGUUGUGUGAUGUCAGCAUGAACUUGUUUUGAGUAUAGAAUUGUUUUCUGGUGCUCUGGUUUCCUGGCAUUUGUUAACUGCUGUUCAUUACCGAGUGGGAUCUCCAACACUGCCUUCUUCUGAAAUUCAUAAUGAAAUGAAUGCAUCCUAAUCAUGUCAGACGAAAAGUCUACCCAUGGGAGAUAAGUGCAUUCUUCAAUCCCAUUGUGAAGGCAGUUUGAAGGACCCAUCCUCAGGGUACAGUGGAGUCCAUUCUUUGGAAGCAACAAACGUUUCAACAUGGUAGAUAUAUACAUAGGGCUCAAAAUGUAUUGUGUGCUAUGGUGGCUGUGAGGUUUGUUCUCUCUCUCUCUCUCUUUCUCUCUCUCUGUAUGCUUUAAACAAUUGGGAGAUGGACAUCAAGAUGUGUUCUGUAUCGUUUCCCAAUGAGACAGUGGGAAAGAAGGAAAUUCUUUUUUCAUUAUCAUAGUACCUUUUUAUUAUAGGGCUGUAAAACAGGUUUGCGUAGUCCCCAGCUAGGUAGGAUCUCACCAACUUACCACACAUGUGCAUAGUUCUCUGGAGUCUUUGAGGAUUCUGUUAGAACAAUUGUCCCUUGGAAUAGAUGGCAAAAUGCAAACUGAUGUGAGAAGGAUUUAAACAAUCAGGUUCAUGGGUCCCGACGUUUCACCUGGACCUACGAGGCAGGGACGCUGGACCCGCUCCAGUUCCGCUGCAGGACGAGUCCUUGGAUCAGCAUAUUUGUAAUAAUGUGGGAACAGUGUUACAUAUUGAAAAGCAGUGACUCAGAAGGAAAUCUCAGAUAUGGAUGUAUCCAUAGCACAGCUUGGAAUUUUUUGUUGUGCGUAAGGAGAAUGUGAUAACUAUGAUUUUUUUUCCAAAAAAUAAAAUAAAGAAAAAGAAAUGAAACCA